AAAUCUGUAGCGCUUAAUUAGAAAAAAAGUAUCGCGAAGAUCAUCAAAUGAAAAAUUUAGAGUACCAUCUCUAAUUGAUACUAGUAUAGAAGCAACCAAUACACCAUGGGAAGGAAAUUACAGGGGAUGCUUGGAAACAAGAAAGGGUUAAAAGGAGCAUUGGCAAGACAUUCAAGUUAUGAAGCCAAGAAAAAGCAAUUAGCCAAAUCACUUGAAAUUCAGAAUGAUCAAAAGCUUCAAAAAGAGAAACAAAUCAAAAGAGGAGGUAACAAUAAUAAACAGAAGCAGCAGCAACAACAACAACAACAACAAGCUAAUCAGAAGGGAUUGAUUCCAUUUACUAAGGAUAAUAAAGUCUUACUUGUUGGAGAAGGUGAUUUUUCAUUUGCAGUGUCUAUAAUAGAAGAGAAUUUGAUUCUUCCUCAGAAUUUACUUGCAACUUCAUUUGAUUCAUUAGAAGAAUUAAACCAGAAAUAUCCCAAUAUUGAAGAAAACCUCGCCGUAUUAAAGGAAAAUGGAGUCAAAGUCUUACAUAGUAUCGAUGCUACAGAUCUUGUCGGUUCACUUAAAUUAAUCCCUAAUAGUAAACAAAAGAAAUCAGGAACAAAUCAUCAUAAUCAAUUAUUUACCGAACGAGGUAAUUUGAAUUAUAUAAUGUUUAAUUUCCCUCAUACUGGUCGUGGGAUGAAAGAUAUGGAUAGAAAUAUACGAGACCAUCAAAAGUUGGUUCUUGAAUAUAUCAAAAGUUCCAUAGAGGUGUUCAAACUUGUUAACAGUGGUAUCACCAAUGAUUUCGGAGGGUAUGGUGAAAGUAGUGAUAGUAAUAAUCAAGAAGGAAAGAUCGUCUUGAGUUUAUUCGAAGGUGAACCAUAUAAUUCGUGGAAUAUAAAGAUCUUGGCCAGAAGUCAUGAUUAUAAAGUGGAGAGAUCUGGAAAAUUUGAUUGGACUAUGUUUCCACAAUAUCAUCAUAGAAGAACUAAUAGUACAAGGGAUACCACGAAACCUGCUCCUGAAAGAGAUGCUAGAAUAUAUGUAUUUGAAAAAUUCAAACCCAAAACUAAAUCUAAAAAGGGAGAAGAUGAAGAUGAUUCAGACUAAUUAAAUAAGAAGAACUUGUAUAUUAUUAGUUUACCAACCAUUUUAUAGAGGUAAAUGAAAAAAGAAAUUUAUUAAAAGAGAACAAAACAAGAUAGAGCAGAACAUAAACAUUAGAGACGUAACAUGUAGAGAAGAGUAAUAAUAGCCUGAACACCAUAAAAGAGAACCGAUACCUAAAAAUAUAACCAUAACCAGGAACCAAAGGUCAAUAAGUGACCUGCAAAAGCAAACAAAGGUAUAUAAAAAGAAGAGAGAUGACAAAUGGGGGAAUAGAAGAAAUAGAACUUAUGCUGGAUAAACUCUCACACAAUUAUCAAUUAAGAAGAUUUCUCUAGUUAAUGGAUCUUUGAUCUUAUUCAUU